GCUGAGGCGGGUCCGUUACGAGUUUGCUCUGGGUUGGGACUUGCGAGCAGAGAGGAUCUGAGAGCGGCCGGAAGUGUGUGUGAACGCUUGCAAAGCAGAGGGGCCUCUCCACUCUCCAGACCUCAUUUGGACAUUUCAGUGGAAGACCAAUAUCUGUCACUGCAGUUAUCAUUUUUAUAGGUUUUUGUUAUAACACUCCAAGAUGUCAAAGUGAAACAAACUGAAUAGGUGCUUUGGAUCCAUAUUACAACAUGUCGUUACAGCAACAAGCUCAGUUCUCCAACCCGGAAACCCCAGGCUAUGUUGGAUUUGCUAAUCUCCCAAACCAAGUGCAUCGUAAAUCUGUGAGGAAAGGCUUUGAGUUCACUCUGAUGGUUGUAGGAGAAUCUGGGUUGGGGAAAUCCACUCUGAUUAACAGCCUGUUCUUGACUGAUCUUUAUCCAGAGCGUGUGGUGCCAGGUGCAGCAGAUAAGAUAGAACGUACAGUGGAAAUAGAGGCAUCUACUGUGGAGAUAGAGGAGAGAGGCGUGAAACUGCGUCUCACUGUAGUAGAUACUCCCGGCUAUGGAGAUGCAAUGAAUUGUGAAGACUGUUUUAAGCCCAUCAUUUCCUAUGUCGAUGAUCAGUUUGAGAGAUAUUUGCAUGAUGAGAGUGGCUUGAACAGGCGUCACAUUAUCGAUAACCGUGUCCACUGCUGCUUUUAUUUUAUCUCUCCUUUUGGUCAUGGGUUGAAGCCCUUAGAUGUGGAGUUUAUGAAAGCUUUGCACAACAGAGUCAACAUCGUUCCUGUCAUCGCCAAAGCAGAUACUUUAACAUUAAAGGAACGUGAGCGACUCAAGCGAAGAAUACUGGAUGAGAUAGAAGAACAUGGGAUAAAGAUUUAUCAAUUGCCAGAUGCAGAGUCUGAUGAAGAUGAGGACUUUAAAGAGCAGACAAGGCUUCUAAAGGCCAGCAUACCCUUUUCCGUUGUUGGGUCCAACCAGCUGAUUGAGGCAAAGGGGAAAAAGGUCAGAGGUCGUCUCUAUCCAUGGGGUGUGGUGGAAGUUGAAAACCCAGAACAUAAUGAUUUUCUGAAACUCAGGACCAUGCUGAUUACACACAUGCAGGAUCUACAGGAGGUCACACAGGACUUGCAUUAUGAAAACUUCCGCUCAGAACGUCUCAAGAGAGGAGGUGCCAGCAGUAAGGUGGAAAAUGUGGAAGUGUCAAAAGACCAGAUACUGCAGGAAAAAGAAGCUGAGCUGCGUCGCAUGCAAGAAAUGAUUGUAAGGAUGCAGGCUCAGAUGCAGAUCCAAAGACAAGUAGGAGAGGGUGAUGCACACAUGUGAAGGUCUUUAAUCACCCUGUGGAGCUGGAGUCCGGUCCACAGAGAUUCACCUGUGACCUAUUAUCCAGUAUACGAGCUGCAUUUUACAUACUGACCUGAGUUACGUCAUCGACGUCUAUACUGUGUUAUACACAGCCUUCUCUACAGCACACAUAUACAUAGUGCGUGUGGCAAGUGUCUGCAUUAUAGUACAUUGACUGUUACACAAUAAGCACAUUUAGAGUCUAGUACUCUCAAUUAAUUGCACAAUAAUUAAUAUACUCCAUUUGCAGUGUCUAAAUCUUCCUGUUACAGCCCCAUGCGUAUGGGAAGGUCAAUGGGAAGGUCAAUCUACUGCUGUUACAUUUACCCAUGUCUCCAUUUGUCAUUGACCCCUUCUAUAUGUAUUGCAGUUGUAACUACUUGUCUUCCUCCUAGUAAGUUCCUUAAUUCUCAAUUUACCAAGCUAGUCUACCUGUAUCUGCUGUGGUUUGUAACACAGUUUAUACUGCAGUUGUUAGUUAUUUGUCUGUUUGUGCCAAGUUUUUGCCUGUUGCAAUGGUCAGGAAUAAAUAGCUACUGUUGUAUUUCCAGUUUACAUUAGAGGACUGCAAUAUAUUGCCUAUAAGUAGGGGGUAAUGAGUUGGUAGUCCAAUGGAUAUACAGGUAAAUAACAAAACAAUAAAGGAUGGGACCACUAUUUUUUUUUUUUUUUUUUAAUGAAAUUUAAAAA